CAUGGGGUAUAUGAGGGAGCCCAGUGUGCGUUGCUGGAGGCCCCAUCCAACCAGCUCUCCUUCAUCGCCAUGUCCUCCCAGGCUACCAAGCGCAUUACCCGCUCGAUGAGCACCCGUGCUGCCAAGCGUCAACGCCUCCAUGAGCAGCUGAUCGCCUUGGGAAUCGAAGAGACCUACCCCGUCCUCCUGACCGUCCUCUCGAUCCCUGAGCUGAUCCAAAUGCUCCCUGCCUGCAGUCUCGUGAAGCUCAAAGCAACUUCCAGCGACGUGAGGACCCGGCUCUCGACCAAGACCGUGGGGAUUCGCAUCUGGGCUGAGUGGUUCGAUAAGCAGUACGAUACCAGGCUCCUCCCCGAGGACUGUACCCAUCUGGUCAAGUAUUUCCCGGCUGGACCGUUCCCCUUCGACGUCAAGUGGUUCAAGACCAUUCCGAGAUCCGUGGUUUCAGCCGAGUUCGUCCGAGUCGCAUCUCGUAUCCGCCGAGACAACUCCGAUUUGCAGAUCGUACGACGACUCCUCGAUGCCAACCACAUCCCCACUGCGAUGUGGAUUGUCAAGCGCAUAUUCUGGAAUGGUGAAAUCAUCAGCAAAAGCCUUUCCGUCCUGCGCAACAAAUCCGAGGUGCUCGACGACUUCCUCCUCGAACAUCGCAACUUUUUCUUCGUAACACCAUCUGACGAGAUCAACCAGGCGUACUUCCAGUGGCUACAGUCGUUGGACGCAUCCAACUUGAAGGUCAAGUUCACUCUCUACGAAUGCUACCGAUAUGGCAGAGGUACCGAUGCCAACCCGAACCGGGCCUUGAAUCUCCUGGUCGAAUGUGCUCGGGGUGGUUAUCGCGACAGCACCCAGCAGAUCUACGACAUCUGCCAAUAUGGGGGGAUCCGAAAUGCGCCCCAUGCAUCGUCCGUCCGACGUUGGUUGUUGGAGUCGUCUGGGCACAGCCUCCCUGAAAGCGACAGGAAUGUCCUGUUUUUCUACUGCAUGAAGCAUGCAAUUGGGUUCCCUCGAGCGAUGAACUGCAUGAAUCUCUACCAGUACAUUUUGCUCACAAGUUGUCGUGCAGGAAGCAUGAUAGCACGCCAGCAAAUCCUGCGCAUUUCCCCCAGAGCAUCACAUCUCUGGGAUCGCCCUGAGAACUGGGGUGAUAUGAUCGCUCUGGACGACAUCGCAGCAGCCAGAAACGACCCCCGGGUUCAAGCCAUGUUGAUCGACUUGCUCAAGCGCUCCAUCGUGACCCGGAGCAAUGACACUGCUCUUUGGGAGUAUUACGAAAAGCGCAUUCGCGAGGCAUGCAUGCAGUGAAUGGAGUGCACACACCUUCUUCCAAUCCUCUUCCAACCCGCUCACAAGCGACGACGUUUCAC